UGCGCCUGCGCACCGGAGGCCGGAGGAGUCUUACCCUAAUGUAAGAUGGUGGCCCGUCUGGCUGUGGAUCCCACUGAAAGCUGAGAGUCUGUCUCUCAGCCGUAAAGGUCGGACUCGCUGAAGCAAUCAGGCCCUGUUCUGAAGAGUUUUUUCCCCGACACUCGUUCAGUGGUCUCUUGUGAGGACGCGGCAGCGCGUGGAGUCGGCUAAGGGAAAAGCGAGGCAAGGCAGGCGGGUCUUUGAAGUUCUACAGUUUAGUUCUCAGUGCUGAACUUCCUUCUCCCUUAAGUUAUUAUAAACUUUUGCUGCUGUUUAAUAAACGUGAAGAUGUCUCGCAGUCCUGAUGCGAAGGAAGACCCUGUGGAAUGUCCUCUUUGCAUGGAGCCCUUGGAGAUAGAUGAUAUCAACUUUUUUCCUUGCACCUGUGGCUAUCAGAUUUGCCGAUUUUGUUGGCAUCGAAUUCGCACUGAUGAAAAUGGGCUUUGUCCUGCAUGUAGAAAGCCAUAUCCAGAAGACCCAGCAGUUUAUAAACCACUCUCCCAGGAAGAAUUGCAAAGGAUAAAGAAUGAGAAAAAACAGAAACAGAAUGAGAGAAAACAGAAAAUAUCAGAAAACCGCAAACAUUUGGCUAGUGUACGUGUUGUACAAAAAAACCUCGUCUUUGUUGUAGGUCUCUCUCAGCGCCUAGCAGACCCAGAGGUUUUAAAACGACCAGAAUAUUUUGGGAAGUUUGGUAAAAUACAUAAAGUUGUCAUCAAUAAUAGCACAUCAUAUGCAGGCUCACAGGGUCCAAGUGCCAGUGCUUAUGUAACCUAUAUCCGGUCAGAAGAUGCUCUCAGAGCCAUACAGUGUGUCAACAAUGUGGUAGUAGAUGGCAGAACACUUAAGGCAUCCCUAGGUACAACAAAAUACUGCAGUUACUUCUUAAAGAAUAUGCAGUGUCCAAAGCCUGACUGCAUGUAUCUACAUGAAUUGGGGGAUGAGGCGGCCAGCUUCACAAAAGAGGAAAUGCAGGCGGGUAAGCACCAAGAAUAUGAACAGAAACUACUUCAAGAAUUAUAUAAGUUAAACCCCAAUUUUCUUCAACUAUCUACGGGUUCAGUUGAUAAGAAUAAGAACAAAGUGACACCGCUGCAGAGGUAUGAUACCCCCAUUGACAAACCUUCAGAUUCUCUCAGUAUAGGGAAUGGUGACAAUUCCCAGCAGAUAUCUAACAGUGAUACACCUUCACCACCACCUGGUUUAACAAAAUCCAAUCCAGUCAUCCCCAUCAGUUCAUCCAAUCACAGCGCACGGUCUCCUUUUGAAGGGGCAGUAACUGAGUCACAGUCGUUAUUCUCAGAUAACUUUCGCCAUCCCAACCCGAUCCCAAGUGGGCUUCCUCCUUUCCCCAGCUCCCCACAGACAUCCAGUGACUGGCCUACAGCACCAGAGCCACAGAGUCUCUUCACAUCAGAAACAAUCCCAGUAUCAUCCUCUACAGACUGGCAAGCAGCAUUUGGCUUCGGUUCUUCUAAACAACCAGAGGAUGACUUGGGUUUUGAUCCCUUCGAUGUCACUCGAAAAGCCUUAGCAGACCUGAUUGAAAAGGAACUGUCAGUCCAAGACCAGCCUUCCCUUUCACCCACGUCUCUUCAGAACUCCUCUUCACACACUACAACCGCCAAAGGUCCGGGCUCUGGAUUCCUGCAUCCUGCUGCACCGACAAAUGCCAACUCUCUCAAUAGUACCUUUUCAGUCUUGCCACAGAGGUUCCCUCAAUUUCAGCAGCACCGAGCAGUUUAUAAUUCAUUCAGUUUUCCAGGCCAGGCAGCCCGCUAUCCUUGGAUGGCCUUUCCACGCAAUAGCAUCAUGCACUUGAACCACACAGCAAACCCCACCUCAAAUAGUAAUUUCUUGGACUUGAAUCUCCCGCCACAGCACAACACAGGUCUGGGAGGGAUCCCUAUAGCAGGGGAAGAAGAGGUGAAGGUUUCGACCAUGCCACUGUCAGCCUCUUCCCAUUCAUUACAACAAGGACAGCAGCCUACAAGUCUCCACACUACUGUGGCCUGACAACAGAACUGAGAGGAGAGGAUUAGACUCUGGGGUGCUUGCAUGGGCAACCGGAUUUUUGCAUGAUUCCUUUCUGAUUUCGCAUUUAAUGUAUACACCCAAAAGAGCCAAUAUAAACGUUCCUCAUGCCUACAACUAGUGUGUUACCUCAUAGUUGCUAAAGUAUUUCUUCACUAGGCCUUUAACACGAUUUAUUAGCAUAAUAAUUUUGGCAUUGUUUCUCAUGAGUGAUACUAUUUUUAACUCACACAAAUAAACUUGUAGUACUAAUUAAGAUUCCCACAUGAGAUUAGCUAGAAUUGUUCUUAUUUUGGCUCUAUUACUGAAAUUAUGCAAAGAUAAUGGUAGUUCCUUGUUUUCUGAUUUGUGAAAAAAAAAAUGGUAAUAUCCUAAUAUACUCAUGAAAAAAUUGAAAAUUAAGAUAAUGUCUAUUGCAUUUCUUUGAAUACUUAAGAAGAAAGAAAACAUAUAAAGCAAAAUUGGUGGUGUUGUUUAAUGCUCAGAAGGAUGUUGUCAGCAAUUAUUUUUAGUUGUAUGGAUUUAUAGCCUAUAUUAAUGCAUUACAUGUUUAGAAACUGUUUUUGUUGUCUCUCAUUUGCACAUUUGCACUUUCUUUUUGAAUGGUUGUUAAUUAUAUUUAGAAGGUUAAUUAAUUAUAGACUAAAUGCAAUAUCUCUUUUUUAAUGCACUGCCUAGUAUACCAGGAAAUGCCUCAGAAACAGAAUUGCAACUUACAGUUGAUUUAUCAGAAACUUGAAUAUGGGGUAAACAUUGUAUGUGAGAAGCAACCAUAGUAGUGUAACAUUUUUAUUGAAAAAACGGUAGUUUUGUGAGAUAUCUGUUUGGAAACUUCAUUGUUUAAUAAUUGAAAUGUGAUAAUAAAGCUAUAUUACCAGUACCUGGCCAAAAUGAGACUAAGGUGGAGGAGAAGAGAUUGGGGAUCCUCUAAAAUUAGGCCAUGUAAGUUGUCAUAGAUAAUUUUGAUCACAGAGGAUAGUGAAGUGCUUUAUUAGGACAUAAUGUGAAGUGAUGUUUUUGGAUAAUACACGAUUUUUUGAAAAAUUUUAAAACUGAUAAUGGAAAAAAAAUAAACUGAAUUCAAUUCUGAGCAGUGGGCAAAAGCUGAUUCAGAAAACAUGACCAUAUUCUGCCUAAAUUAAGCAUCUGGGAAGAAUGGGGAAAGUCAGAUCUCCUUUUGACGUUUUCAAAAACAGUUGUGAUAAAAGGUAUGCCUUUAUUUGUUAAAAAUAUUAAAAGGGUAAUGUGAAUACCAAAAAAGGAAGCCUAAGCAUUUUAAAAUAAUAAUAUUUAUUUAAAAACACGUUAUUUGGAGAUGAUAACUUAAUAUCAUGUUGGAGUUUUCGAGGUUACCUCUCUAUGAAGUCUGGUUAUUUUCUAUUAGCUAUAAUACAGCAAAUGGAAAGGCUCUGUCCUCAGGUGUAGUGGGUAAACUAAAAUCUAUUCUUAGAUAUCCUUUGAUUUGGUUAACUGAGGUGUAGGAACAGGUAAUUAUCUAGCCAUUUAAAUUAUUUUUGUAAGAUUUUGCAUAAGUGACAAUCUCUAAUUUCUAUUCAAAAGUGACUUUGGGUACAGAAAUUUAGAAAAUACAAGUAAAAUACUGUAGAUUUAUUAGCCAGAAGGCUUUUAUCAUGGGUUAAUUAUGGUUUCAUUUUUGCUGUAAGAGGCCAAGACAUCCACUUAAUGUCUCCUGUGGUGCUGAGAUUCCUAGGCUUUGGGCUCCCCGUAAUGAAGCUUAUUAGUACAUAACUUUCUCCAGCCAUCAGUGCUAGCCUUUCAUUGCCUGGAUCUCCUUACCAAGACAAAUGGUUCCUCCCAUUUACUUUACUUCUCUGUGUUGAGAGAAAGAUACACCUGUUAAACAAGGCUUCUUUCCUGUGGUCGCUUUCUCUCUCCUUUCUCCUUCCUAGCCGGGGCCAAAAAACUGUCAGGUAGUUUGUCUAGACUUGCUAGAACCCAGAACUCUCUCCCUGCCUGCUUCUCCAUCCUUCACACUUUUGACACACACACCAUACAUCACAAAAAUGCGUCUUGGGCACUUAGGCUUCAACUUAAUUAUUUUCACAUUGAAAAGCUAAAGGUUAUCCUUUAACUUUGUAAUUUUGAGCCCUUGUAAGCCUAGAAUAAUAAGCUUUUUUGCUUACCUAAUAUUUCAUGUAGUGUGGUUUUUUAAAAAAGUGAAGUCUUGAAAUCAUAGUGGUAAUUAAUUAUAUUAAAUCGCAGGAGAAAUUACACAACACAUAAUAAAAGAAUUUACCACUUCACAUAGCAAGUAAGUUGAUGAACACGAAUUAUGGUAAAGAAUGAAAAAUUCUGAAAAGCUGAAUGUGUAAUGCACAAGGGAAGCUUUUUAUGCUUUUCCAUCCCAACUUUUUUAAAAAGUAACUAGUUUGUUUCUUAAAUCAGGAAUUAUAAAAACCAGAGUUCAGAACCCUUUGGAUUACUAGCGAACUUACAAGUUUAUACGUAUGUACAGCUGUCCGCUUUUUGCGGGGGAGAAAAUCCAUAGUUGUUAGAUUUAUAAAGGGCAUGGUGGCACCCCACCCCACCCCCCACCCCCAAAAGAGAAGUUAAGAACUGCUACCGUGAAAUGGCUUUAGUGCCACUGUAGGAAAUAGAGACCUGGAGUGAGUGAUUUAAGUCAUGAUGAAUGUCAAGUGCCUCUUUUUAUUUUCUUAAAGAUUCCAUUAGAAAAUAUUUCCUGAUGAAUAAUAUUUUCCUUUUCAUUCUACUGUCAUAUUUUGUUUUUCCAGGUGGUGCUUUUGUAAACUCUCCCUUUAUUACAACAAAAUAUUAGUCAAAUAUUUGAGUGCCUAUUCUGUAUAGUGACCUUUAGUUAGGCCUUGAGGGUUGAAUAAAGCAUAGAUCCUAUCAUCAAGGUUAACAGUCUAGUCACAGUUUUAUUUCAGAUUUUUUUCUGUAGGAUCAGCUCUUAAUAUACUUUAAAAGAACAGCCAUAGCAGUCUAGACUCAUUUUAUUAUUCAUUGCUCUGACAAUGGCAACAUAGGGUAUUAAAUAUUGAUACCUGAAAAUUUAAAAUAUAUGAUAAUUUGGAGGGAGUGAAAAAAAUCUUAAUAGGGAAGACAUACAUUCACGAUUCUGACUUAAGUAUCUUAGUCGUGUGUGUAUGCUCAUGUCUCUCUUGUGUUCUGGGUGUUAAAUAGAGCUUUCUAUAUGUACUUUUAAAGAAAACACUUGAAUACAUUGUGUCUUUGCACAUUCUUUACUGACAUUGUUCCUGUUUCUGUGGUGUUCCAAGCACCCUCAGGAUUGCCAGAGUUCUUUUCCACUGUGACACAGGUCCAUAAGGGAGCUUCUCCCACAGAGGUAUUGCCUCAGAAAGCCAAGAAAAAGGAAUGAAUUGCAGAUGCAUAGAAAUCUUACAGAAUGACAGCCAUUGUGUUUUUUGUGCAUACAUUAAAAACUGGGAGAUGUUUUAUCCUGUUGAAUUUUAAAGUUUUAGAUUUUUCUAUGUAUUUGAUCUUGAAGUUUUCCCAAAUUUGCUUAAUUGGCUUUAAGAAAUGGAUAUCAUACAAUUGAAGACACAAUAGCAUUUUUAAAAGAUUAUCUUAUAAAGAGGUGAUAACCCAAAACAAUGAUACACGUGUCUUUUUCUACAAAAUAUGGACCAAAGUCAGUUAUCCACUGUCAAGCUAGUCCUUCUGCCCUUAGGGCUGUGUCUUUCUCCUCUCAGCCUUUUUUUAUCUGAAUGAGUACCUACUGCAUUGUCUCCUUGUGCUGAGUAAAUGGCAGUAAUAUAUGCACAUAUUUACACAUGAAAUGUUUAGCGAACUAAUCAAACAGUAUGCUGACACAAAAGUAAAAAUGGGAAUUUAAAAAGUUAAUGUAAGCUGGUUCAGGGAAAGGCUUCAUAAAGUCUGGGGCUUUUCGAUUUGGAAGGAUGGCUGAAAUUUAGAUGAUAUGAGGGGGAAAUACAAUCAGGGGAACAGACUGAACAAAGAACCAGAGACAGAGAUUGGAGUGGCCUCUAGUGAUUAGGAGAGAAGGACAGUAAGGAGAUGGACUCGUUUGAGAUAUACAGGUCAUACAGAAAGGUGGAGUAAGUGUGCAAAAGCUUGAAAAAUGGGAAGGAUAGUUUAGUCUUGUUAUGGAUGUAGUCAGUGGUUGAGAACUCUAGGUUCUUUGCUAAAGAUGUAACUUGAUUGUAGAAUUUUAAAAAGAUUAAUUUGGUGAUGUGUUUGCUUGAAAUUAGGACCACUUAGAAAACAGUUUCUAGUGUGUAUAUUGCUGGGCGGUGCAAAUAACAUGGCCUGGAUUAGAACAGUAAUAGUAGGAACAGGAGAAGAAAUUAUGAAUUAGAAGCUAGAAAACUUGAGAUCUAAGAAAAGGCCUAGGUGUCUGGUGACCUUUAAAAAUGUAACUUUCAUAAAGGUACAAAUGGAAACCAGAUUCCUAGGAUUCAUGAAGAAAAGUCAGGGAUAUGGAUGCAGCAACCACUGAUUACUUACUUAAGACAUUUGUCAACUAGAGGAAAGAGAAAGACAGGAUGCUUACCAGACGGAUAGUAGAUCUUAGGAUGCAUUGCUUUAAGGUAAGGUGGAUAUUUAAAUAUUUAAAAGCAGAACCUGUAGAGGUAUUUGAGAGGAAGACAUGGACAGUGUUAAAGAGAAGGCAGGCUAAUCCAGUAGGGUAACAGAUUUCUCUAGUGCUGGAAGGAGAUAAGCUCCUGAGAUGAUGUUUGGUUAUGGGCUUCGCUUUAGAGAAGAGGGCUUUGUUCUUUGUAAGGACAACCAGAAAAUCUAGGAAAGAGAAGGUGGAAUUAGAGAAUAUGAGAGCACAGGAAAGAACUCGUAUCAGUUACUAUCGAGUGCAUAUUGUGAGAGAAUGGGGGUGAAGAGUGGAGUUGGGACUCAGUAAAAAAAGGCAAUUAAAUAAACCUCUGAGAAUAAACCUUGAAGUACAUCCUAAGAAAUUCAAGAAUUACUGAGAAAAGAUAAGGAUCAAAUUAAAAACUUUUAGAGUCCAAAUAUGUGUGGUUUUGUAUGUUUCUCUGGUUCUGCACAAAGCAUCAAGGAUAGACAAAGCAAAUACUGAGAGUUUGGUUAGAAGGUGAGAAAGGAAUACAAAGAAACUCAAGAAGAUAGCAUUGAAGUACCUAAUUUCAUGGUCAAGAAGAGUCCACUAAGGCAAGAAAGAACCAAUGGUUGUGAGUGUGUUGAAGGGAGUUCAGUGACUUUAGGUUUUGGUGAGGUCAAAGAACAGGUAUAGUGUUGUUAAGGGAAUGACAGAUUAGGAGACUGUGGUCAGCCUGAUGAUGGUUCAGUGCUGAAUGACAAGUGAGAACCAGAAAAAGGAUGGUAUAUAAAUGUCUAACAUCAGAGCUGAAGGUUGGAAAGGCGGCUAGCUUUCGUAACCCCUGUGGUCUGUCUCUUCUCUACUCACUUACCUUCCAGCCAUUUCUUGAGAGUAAGAAAGCAGACUGCAUGAAAGAAUUGUAGAAAGCAUGAUACUGCUUGGGGAAUCCUGGGUCAGGUUCUUUUAAGUUGAUGACCCAAAGGAAAACUUCCCCUGUGGGAUAAACGUUCCUUCCUCAGCACAGUAGAGGGGUGUGGAAGCAGAAUGCAGGGAAAGGCUUGGGAAGAGCCAGGGAUGAGACUGGACAGGUGCAGGUAAGCCUAGUGAGUGUGAGGGAUAGUAGACGUGUUACUUACAAUGUGGAAGGUUUAGACGCGAUAGGUCUGGUAGUUGAAGAGCCCAUAUUACAAGUAUGAGCUAGUUUCUCCCAAGCACACAUAUAAACUGGAAAGAACCAACUCUUCUUACUUAGUUGUACUGGGUCAUUCUGUUUUAUUUAUAAAUAAAUAUAGCACAUUGGAAUUAGAAGUGGUAGAUUGGUGAAGAGUAGAAAAGAGAAAUUCAGAAUUUUAUUAUAACUGGUUAUAAAAAUGUUUUGACAGUUUGUCCCUAAAGAGAAUGUGCCAUGUGAAUAGAUAGAUAUAAACUAAUUUCAAUAGAUAGUUAUUGAACUAAUCUAUUCGUACAUUUUAUAUACUUAGAUGUGACCUUUAAGGAAAAUUACUAAAUAAAGUGAAACAGGGAUGGAGAUAUAGAUAAAUAACUUUUUUCUUUAUUCAGUUAAUAACAAAUAUGCCUAGUUUGGAAGCACUUUUAAUUUACUGACGCUAACAUAUUUUUAAACUCACUGGACUUGAUCUGUAUAUGUCAGCUAACACAUCAGCUAUGACAUUUAAAAGCGAUAAUACUUCAAAGUACAAGUCAUUGCUCAAGAAUACUGUUUCUGAAACCAUGCUGAAGGAUCGAGAAGCCACUCCUCCUUCGAUCUCCUUUCUGCCCUAUGAUUUGCUGCCACGAGUAGUAUUCUUACCAACCAUACAUUGCUGGGCAUACCAGCCUUUAAUACCAGCUUCCUUAGUCAGGAGCUUUUUCCAAAGAAUCACUCUUGAGAAUUCGAGAUUGAUUAAGAGAAUCUAUUCUGUUCCAUAAUGUUUCAGAGAGUCUACCCUGGGUUUGAGUUACACAAAAAUCUAGUUUAUACCUGUUAGUUACCUGGAACUGAAGGAAAGCCUAAGCGAUUUAAGCUUCUUGAGAUUUGAGCUGAAGUACCUAGAAGUUCCAUGGAAUAGCUGGAAAUUGAUGUACUUAAAGAACCAAUCCAUUCUUUCCAGCUUCCUUCAGACCAUUACUUCCAAAGGCAGCUAUUGACUUUACUUUGUUCUUAGUCCACUUUGCAUGUACGAUUAUUCUAAGGAUUCCUGGAAGCUCCCAACUGACCCAGGAAUGUACCGUGCUUAGAACAGUUUUGUUGUUCAGCUCCUGUUUGGUAUUCAGACCCACUGUUGUGCUCUGUUACAAAGCAACACUGCAAAAGGUUUUUCGCCCCCUCUAUAGAAUGUAUAAAGCCUCUAAAACACCCAGGCCCUUUUUUUUUGUUAAAUUGAAGUGAAAUUCGCAUAACCUACAAAUAACCAAAGUGUACAAUUCAGUAUUCUAGUACUGUUCUUUAAUUAUCUCACUGUUACAGUAGCAAAAUAAAUAACCCACUCCAGCUGUGAGAAUUUGGCCUAUUCUUUAUUGGGGCUGUGUGCAUCUGGACUUGGUGUUUUACCUUGUAGGCUGAAAGGCAAAUAUUAAACCUUCAAGUAUUCCAUACUCUCCACAACAGUACUACUUAAGAUUGUGGGUGAAGCAACUUUUAUAUACCGCCCUUUAAAAAGAGAGGAAGGCAAGGAGCUCUAGGUUAAAAAGCUUUAGGAUACAUGUUUUCCAGAGUAGGUAAAAAUGUCUGAAACAACAACCAUCGGAAUAGUUUUGAAAUAGCAGUACUUGUCUUUCUGUCUUUGUGACAUUUGAUUAGCAUCAUGUAAGAAAAGGUUUGCUUAGCAGAGGUAUACUUCAAGUGUAGCGCUCUCUAUGGGUGUGAGGGUCAAUGUGUAUGUGUGUGCCCAUGUGUGUUGGUUUAUACUUACUAAUUUUCAUUUAAAUCUUCCACUUAGUCAAUGUAGCAGAGGAAAAAGCCUCCGGCCAUUUUUCUGCGACGUUUCAUGUAUUUAUUCCUGCUAUGUUCUGCUUACUUCAUAUGUUCAGGAUAAAUGAUGCAUUUAUAGUCUGUUUCUAAAAUUUUUUUUAAAGAAAUAAAGACCCUAUUUAAACACAGCAAGGCUAUAAUACUGGUGCCUAUCUCCCCCCUGGCCAUAUUUUAUCUAAACAAAUAUUUUCGUAGCUUUUUCUCAUCAGAUUUCAGUCUCACUAGUAAGCAUGCCCAUCCCAUGUCACACUCUUGGGAAAACCUAAGGGAAGGAUAAUUAGAAAACUUCUAUUAGAAUAAAUCUCAGAGCCUUGAAAUCUAUGACAUACUCUUUAACAGUCUGCCUUUUAAAGACCAAGUAAUAAUAAUGAUAACAAUAAACAAGGCUUAGAAGGAUUAUGAUUUGCCCAUAAUCACAUUCUAACGACAAUUAAAAGUUCUCUUAGCCCCCACCAUCUGAAUUUGCCUUCAUACAUACAUGUAACUCAAGGAGAAGGAAACUUCAAGAUUCAGAAUAUAUCUCUUUUGUAAACUUUGUUGUGUCUUACAGUUUGAUUAUUAUAGUAGUUCUUGCAAGUCAAGGGCUUUCAACUGUGAAUGUAAGUGCAAAUAAUGAAUUGAAGGCUUUCAAAGUGUCCAUCUACUGACGACUGUUAUCACAGAUCUUGUAAGUUAUGGAAACUGGUAUUAAAUGUGACCCAGUGAUCUUGGAGUAACAUUAGUGACGGGUGGAGGGCGGUGUAACCUAGCAGGUACUAGUACGUAAUGUAGACUUAAACUAAUUACCAAUGUCAGAACUAAAAUAAAGAGUAAAACAGAGGUGGAAUUAAAUUUACCUAGGAUUUUUCUGCAGUGCCAAAGAGCAUUUAAGGACCAGCAUGCACGAUCCACUAGACUGGUGGCAUCUCUAAUAUUACAGAAUGAAAAAAAUCCGAUAGUCAUGGCACCAAAAUGUACUACACUCACACUAAAGCUGUCAUCUCAGACUGAUCAUGAAGAACUACUAUAUGCUACACCAUGUAAAACAAUAGCAUAUCUUCUGAUAAUGUUUCAAUCAAGGAGGUUGUUGUUUUCAGCAUAAUGAAACAGAGGGAAAGCUCCACAAGGAUUAAAAGAUGAUAAUACCAUCACCAUCUCCAAGAAGAAAUGCAGGAAAGCUGACUGCAAUCAACUUUUGUAGCCUAGUGCUGUUUCCUUAUAUGGUGAGAUCUUAUCCCAAGGACUGUGCUAACAUUUACACUCUGUUAUCAGUCUUGCAUUUUGAAAUCAUGUGUCUACGGAGCAGAAUAUAGUGAUCUGGAACAUUACUGGGAUUUUUUUUAAGUGUUGUCAUUUUAUACGUUGGCAUUUGGAAGAAGACCAAGAUACCCUGAAGCUGUUUAUUUUUUCCUUUAUUACAUCUAUAAAUUGAGUAUCCAGCUAAAGGUAAAGGAGGCCCAGGGUUAUGAAUUCAUCAACCAAAGUAGGAAGUUCUAUUAUUGGCUUUAAGCAGAAUGUUGGGCUACAUACCAUUGUUCCACUUAUGUUAAAAAACGAGUUUUAAUUAAAACUUAUAAAUAUGGAUUACUGAUAUAUAUCCCCUAGCAGGCACCCCCCCCCAACCUCCAGAUUAGGGUAAGAUUUGCUAUCAGAUAUGUCUCUUUUUACAUCUAAACAAUUCAUUAAUUAAUGUAGCCAUGGUCUUCUCCAGACCCAGAUAGGUAUAACAUAUCUUGAGUUUUGGCAUAGUCAUUGCUGUUACGUGUAAACUCCCGAGACCUCACCUAUAUUUUAAGUGAUACUGGAUUGGAACGAAGCCUAUUAGUAAAAUAAGUAAAGAUCUCAUGAUCUCCAAAUACAUACAUACAUACAUCCCUGCAGCCUUCGUUUUAUAACACACUUUCAAGUUUUAAUUCUUGACCACCAUGAGUCUUAUUUUAAUACCUUGUGUUCACUUCUCUAUUUGGUUUUUUUCUUUCUUUGGAUAAAGAAGAAAAUCAUCUUUCCCUGUAUAACUUCUCAUAAUUAGGAAGGGAGUUCUCUACUAGAUCUUAAUGUGCACUCGCUGUGGGAUUCCCCGACAGCAUCCCCAACAGGCCUGAAUUUUUCCCUUUUCAAAGGAGAGAGCUCUCCCUCUCAGACUGCUGAGUGUGUCUUUGAGUCUCUGUGAUCAUUUACCUCCCAGUUACCUCCCCAGUAACCAGUCUACCAUCUUUCAGCUUAUUUCCAAACUGGCAUUUAGUUUUAAGUGGUCUUUUUUUUUCUUUUUCUUUCUCUCUUAAAACAGCACAUUUAAACAGUAAGCCUAGUCUGAGUUAGCAACCACUGCAACUGUUAAAUGUUGAAUUGAUAAAGAUUUUUGACUUUGUAAGACCAGUAUUACCCACUUUCCCCGACUCCUGAGUUAUUUAGCUCUUUUGAAAAUCAUUUAAUACUUCCAGACAAUAUGACUAAAAUUCAGUGUUUUACAAAUAUGUGUAAUCUUUAAUAGAAUUAAAUUUUUUUCACUGAAAUGUUCUAGUUCAGUGUAAAGCUCCAGGAUAUGGUGAAAUAAGAAUUGCUAUUUCUAAUCUGAAUUUGAGAAUGUAUUCACCUGGUCUUCUUUCCUUCUUUCCUUCCUGCCUUCCUUCAUAGUAGGGCUCAACAUUGAUUAAGAAUUGGUUCUGUCAAGACUAUCUUUGGCACUCUUUUUCAAAUCCAACUGUAAUAAAUCAUAACUAAGGAUGAACACUUAAAUAAAUGUAUAUUUUAAAUGAUUUUUAAACUAAGGCCCCUUAGUGAACUGGCGGUGAGCAUUUAAGUUUUGAAUUCAUCAGGGUUUUUUGAAAUGCUAACCUCCACAGGAGUAUUAUCUUUUGUAGGUUGGAAAGGAUGCAUUCUUACUAGGACUAAUUCUUUUUAAAUUCAGACAUCAUUUUAGAAUUGGAAGCACAAAAGUUUUUUAUUUUCCCUAGUAUGUGAAUAAAUAGUAUAGAGGAAGAAACAGCAAAAUAGUCUUUUUUUAAAAUCAGAUUUCAUAUAGCUAAAAUAGCUAAAUUUCACAAUAUACAUGCUUGUUUUAAAAAUCAAACAUUUAUUUGUAAAAGAAUCCCAAACUUGGACAAAUAUCUCUUGGUUUGUAACUUUGUAGUACAAUGAGAAAGAACUCUUAAAGAUGUGUGCUUGCUUGGUCUGUUGGGUUGGAAAUGUUUACCACAUCACCAUGACUAUACCCAUAUCUGUUUGAUUUAGUUUUAGUAUAAAAUAAUGAGAAAGUUAUUUCAUUUCCUGAAAUUUUUUCUGAAAUUAAGAAAUAAAGCAAAUUAUUGUUUUACUGUCUGAAAUGAUACUUUCUAAGAAUGAAGCUUAUAGCUGGGUUAUGAAGAAUUUGUCAAUUAAAAUCGUGUUUCAGAACAUGGAUAAUUUUAGUCUUUUGGGGGAAUUUUUCUGACUGAUUUAAAUCCAUGAGAUAAGAUAGGAGCCAUCUUUCAGAAAAAGAUGAGACUGAUCUUCAUUGUCAAAAUAAAAGUAAGCUGUGUAAUUAAAUGGAGUAAAAAACUGGGUUUGGUGCUUUUUAAAACCUUAGAAAAUUUGGAAGUCUUUUAAUUUAGAAAAUUAUGAACAUCAGAAAUCUUAGGAAUUUCAGUAGACACAUAACCAUAUGGGGAUUUGCUGCAUAGGUAGCAAAAUACUUUGGUUAUGAAUACAAACCUGAAGAGGAACUUACACCCGCAUAAAAGUGUUUUAUUGGCUGAACAAUCAAAAGCCAUCACUGACUUUGUUCACAAUGGCCAGCCUCUAGUGAACCACUAAAGAAAAAACAACAAGCAGAACAGCAUCACUUUUAGGAAAGAAGAUACAGGGUAAACAUUUAGAAAAUGUUGAAUGAAAGCUAAUGGUCGAGAGAGUGAUAUUGGUGGCUGAUUACUUCUGGAAGCCUGCAAAGCCUGGGUGUGCUUUGUGUUACAUCUAGACUUUGGAAGCAUUUACUCAGAUUCGUUUGCACAUGAGUUAUGACUUCUGUCUUGGUUGUACUGUGGCAUUCAGUGUUGAUUCCCCUCUCCACUCCAUUAUCAGACCUUUUCUUCUGUCUUCUUUAUCUCUGAACUCGGGAAACAUCUCCUUUUGACAUUUACUUAUUUCUUCAAUACCAUCCCCCACCAAACUCUCACAGUUUUUAGAAUGUCACCUAGUAACACUUUUCGUACCUCCAGUUUCUCAUUUGUGAUACCCCUGAAUAAAUACGUAAAAUACAUAAAUGAAUAUACGUAUGUGUGUGUGAAUGUGUGUACAUCUUCCCCUAAAACACAAUUUGGAAAGUCUUUUAAGGGCAACUAGUAAUUGUUAAAGAAUUUUUUCUUUUGGUGGAACCAAAAUCUGUUUCCCAUUUAUACAUCUUGUCAAAUAUGUGAAGGCAGUUACCACUUGUCUAGUAACUUCUAGAGGUAGAUGAAGCAUCCGUAGGUCUUCCGACUAUUCUACACUUAGCAUGGAUUCUAGUUCUCUCUGUAGUCUAGUUUUCCUCUACAUGUAUUUUGAUUGAACAGUGGAUGCUUUUCUUUAAAUAGAAAGCUCACACUUUAAUAAUCCUGAUGUGAUCAGAUAAUCUAUUUUUUCAUUAAAACUAUUCUUCUGUAUAUUUGUAUAUUCCUUUACAGUUUACAGAGUCCUUUUAUAAAAAUAUCCUGUGGGGUAGGUAUUACCCCCAUUUUGUAAGUGAGGAAACAGGCUCAGAAUGGUUUCAUUUGCGGUUUUCCCAUUGUCCUGCAAUUGCUAAUGUAGACAUUGCACACCUACUUACAUGGUCUUAAUGUUACCAUUUUAGAAAUUCCAUUACCCAUUUGUCAUAUUAGAUAUAAGCCUAUUGAGUAAAACCACUAGACCCUUUUUUCAUACAUAUGACUGGUUGGUUAGAUCUCGUUAUACUGUAUUUUCCCAAUACAUUUUUAAAAACCUGAAUGUAUAUACCUGUUAAAUUUUGUGCUUCAAUUUGAUGAGGUUAGAGUAUACCUUUUGGGUAUCACCAUCUUACAAGUUUGUCUUAUGAAAACUAUAUGUGAUUGUAGAGGUAGAUAAAUGUUAUUGGUAGCAUUAUUAAUAACAUUUGUGUGAAGAAUUCGAUGACUUUUAAUUGAAUAGCUGUAAUUUUAAUUACUGAUUCCGUCAUCUCUAGAAUUGCCUUCUAUUUGCUUAUUUAAAUUAACUUUGUAGGUUUUGCUGAGCUUGAUAAAAAGUAUGGAGUCAAAGUUACGGGAAGCAACGUCACAGAAACUUAUUCGUUUUUUUAAAUUUUAUUUAAAUUCCAGUUAGUUAACAUACAGUAUAAUAUUCGUUUCAGGUGUACAAUAUAGUGAUUCAGCACUUGCAUACAUCACCCAGUGCUCAUCACAAGUGCACUCUGUGGUCCCUAUCACCCAUUUAAUCCCUCUCCCCUGCCCAUCUCCCUUCUACUGGUGACCAUUAGUUUGUUGUCUGUAGUUAGGAGUCUGUUUCUUGGUUUGUGUCUCUUUUUUUCCCUUUUGCUCAUUUGUUUUGUUUCUUAAAUUGCACAUAUGAGUGAAAUUG